UCUGGGCCGUGCCCGCCGGCGGUGAGCGGGCGGCGGAGCCGCGGGGCGCGCGGGGAAGAAAUCCUGACCUUCGGGUCCACGGGGGUGGCAGGGGGGCCCGAGGGACGGGUCGGGACCGCCGUGGAGUUUGGGACGGGAGCCUGCGCGGCUCCUGGGAGAGGAGGGGGCAGAGGGUGAGCCCCACCGCCCGCAGGAAGCUGAGGAACGGAGGGAGCGGGCAUCCCGCAGGACACGGGCAGCGAGCGCAUGGAGCGAGGCGGGCUGCCGGGAGAAGUGACGGGAGCCAGCUCCUCGCUUCUGUUUGAAGGUCCGGGACCUGCGAAUGCAGGUUUCUCAGGAGGAGCUGGCUCUGUCCUGUGGGGUUCAGCAGGUAUCUGCCACGCUCUGUGAGAUACCCAGGAACCGAAGGUGAACAGGGAAGAUGGGCAUCGUCCCAUCUUUGCUAAAAGACUGGCCUCUUUUCCUCUAAAGAAGCAGUUGCCUCUGUGAUUAAUUCCCAAUGUAGUUUUGGUACAGAUUUGUUGUUGGAAUUGUUGAAGAUGUCAUCAGGCCUUACAGAGGAGCAGAAGAGAAGGAUUGAAGAGAACCGCCGGCUGGCUUUGGCUAGGAGAGCGGAGAGGCUGGCAGCCCAGGGAGCUGGGCACGUGGGCAUCGCUGCACCUCCGCUGGGAGAGCAGAGGCUGGGCAAUCCGGCAAGCUCAAAGGAGGAAAACAAUCAUGUCGGGCUCGCCAGCCAGCACCGACACAAUCCAAACACGCCUGUGGAGCAGAGGAGCUGUCUCCAGAAAGGCUAUAACCCUUACACCGCAAAGCAACAGAUGGCUGGCUCGCACAGAGAGCAGCAAAAGAGUUGUUCAGAGGACUCCGAACAAGCAAGUGGCCUAAAGCAGUUCCCUGCCAUGACCCCGAAUUCUCUGAGUUAUUCCCAUAAACAUUACUUGGAUGCUGGUAGUCAGGAACAUGGACAACACACUUCAGUUAAUCAUGGAACAUUCCAGCAGCCCAAAUGCUACCCAGCUUUCAAAAACCCCACAGGACCACCUCAUCCAAGAUUCACUGAUAACGGGCACCCUGACGGUAGUAAAGAUUUACACACUCAGAGCAAAUCUGCCGUUAAAUACGUCUCACCACCAAGCAGUGCCGCCCUGAGCGAUUCAGAAAUGCUGAUGAGCAUAAACGGACUGACAGAAAGAACAGGGGGAGGUUUUGUCUCUCAGGCCACUGGUGGGAUGCAGAAGCUGACCAGCUCUGCUGGUGUGGGCUCUGCCUUUGAAGCUGCCUCUCAUAAAAAAGCAAUUAAUGUUACAAAAGGAAAAUGCGUGAAAUAUGGGGAAGACCGAUUCCAGGUUGAAAUAGGGUACAAUGCUGAACUUAUUGCUGUGUUUAAGAAGGUACCAAGCAAAGCCUAUGAUCCUGCUAUGAAGAAAUGGAAUUUCAGCAUGGGCGAUUACAGCAGUGUCUUGGAAGCAGCAAAUCAACUUUCAUCAGUAAUUCUGGCACCACUGGAAGGAGAAAAUCUGGUUGGCUUGGCAUCAGGCUCUCAUUUUGUUGGCAGUAGGGUUGAUGUGCAGUCCCUCUUGAAGAUGUGUAGGAACUGGAAGAAGUCCUCAGCCCUUGUCAGAGGGAAGUGUGUGCUUAUCUCUCGCCUGCGAUUUGAGGUCGAUAUUGGGUAUUCUGCAGAAGUGAUUGAGGUGUUCAAAAAGAUGGAUUCCAGAAAUUAUGAUAUGAAUACCAGAAAGUGGAAUUUCCUGCUGGAGGAUUACCCCAAACUAAUGCAAGUGUUACUGAGCCUCGUGUCUGUAGAAGUGGAGCCACUGCCCGAAGCAAUAAUUAAGACCUUUGCUGCUCAACUGCAGAGAUCUCCAUCACUGACAGACAUUCCUGAUGCUGACCUUUCAGUAGUGGACUCCAAAAUUGUGACAAGCCUCAUGCCCUUUCAGCGGGAAGGUGUGAAUUUUGCUAUCUCCAGGAACGGGCGUUUGCUCCUCGCGGAUGACAUGGGCCUGGGCAAGACCAUCCAGGCCAUCUGCAUUGCUGCCUAUUACCAGCAGGAAUGGCCCUUGCUGGUGGUCACUCCUUCUUCUGUGAGGUUUACAUGGGCAGAGGCAUUUCACAGGUGGCUUCCAUCCUUGAGUCCAGGAAGCACCAAUGUCAUAGUGAGUGGAAAAGACAGCCUCACAGGAAGCUUGAUCAACAUCAUCAGUUUUGAUCUCCUCAGCAGGAUGGACAAGCAACUUAAGAGCACAUUCCAAGUAGUUAUUGUUGAUGAAUCUCAUUUCCUGAAGAACACAAAAACUGCACGCUGCCAAGCUGCCAUGCCUCUACUCAAGGCUGCCAAGAGAGUGAUCCUGCUUUCGGGAACGCCAGCCGUGUCGCGGCCCGCGGAGCUCUACACGCAGAUCGCCGCUGUGCAGCCGAGCUUCUUCCCGCAGUUCCACUCCUUCGGGCUGCGCUACUGCGAUGCCAGGAAGAUGCCAUGGGGUUGGGACUAUUCUGGAUCAUCCAACUUAACUGAACUGAAAAUUUUGCUGGAAGAGUCCAUCAUGAUCCGACGUCUGAAAUCAGAUGUGCUUUCCCAGCUUCCAGCAAAGCAACGCAAAAUGGUUGUGGUGGCUCCUGAACGCAUUAGUGCAAAGACCAAAGCUGCCUUGGCAGCUGAAGCAAAGAAGAUGGCCAAAGGAUAUGACAGUAAACAACAGGAGAAGGAAGCUCUUCUCGUCUACUUCAGCAGAACAGCAGAAGCUAAAAUCCACUCAGUCGUAGAGUACAUCCUGGAGUUACUGGAAAGCGGGAAUAAUAAAUUCCUGGUGUUUGCUCAUCACAAGAUAAUGCUGGAUGCAGUAGUUGCAGAGCUGAAGAAGAAACAUGUCGAGCACAUUCGCAUCGACGGCUCCACAUCUUCAGCUGAGCGGCAGUCUCUGUGCCAGAAGUUCCAGUUCUCAGAGAAGCAGGCUGUGGCUGUCCUUUCCCUCACUGCUGCAAACAUGGGCCUGACAUUGUCUGCUGCAGAUCUGGUGGUGUUUGCAGAGCUCUUCUGGAACCCAGGGAUUUUGAUCCAAGCAGAAGAUCGGGCACACCGAAUUGGACAGACCAGCUCUGUUAAUGUUCACUACCUGGUGGCUAAAGGCACAGCAGAUGACUACCUAUGGCCAAUGAUUCAGGAGAAGAUCAAAGUGCUGGGUGAAGCUGGUCUUUCAGAAACCAAUUUCUCUGAAACAGCUGAGUCAACUAAUUACUGUCCUAAGCCAGAUCCAAAGCAGAAGACUAUCUAUGACCUUUUCCAGACGACCUUCUCUGAGAGCAGAGAUGAUGCUGAUGAUGUUUUGUUUUUGGAGGCAGCUGAUGCUGGCUGUGAGUUUGACUCUGGCAGUGCCUUGCAAGACAGAGAAGCAGAGACAUGUUCAGUGAGUCCCAAAAAAAAGCGGCGUAUUGAGGAAGUGUGAAUGGUCACAGCUAAAAAUAGCAGCUAAGACAUAUAUUUUUUUUAUUAAAAAGAAAAACCAAA